UGGCAGCUGCAGAGAAGUACUUGGGUGUACGAGAUUUUACUGCAGAAGAGUUACAAGGUGUGUUUAAUUAGUGUCGUGUCCUCCCAGGCUGCCGGCCAGGUGUAGGAUCAGAUAGGGCCAAGUAGUGAAAGGUUGUAAUGGGUGUAGGGUUCUUCCCUUUUCCCCGGCCCUUUUCUCGGUCGGCCUCCAGAACAGUAGGCGGAAACACAGGGCUAAAUAAGAGUAAUAGAUUAAUAAGGAGGCCGACCGCCCUUAAACUUUAGUAUAGUAGGUGGCGAUCCGCCAAUACAAAUUUAAAGAAUAAUUGCACACAUUUCUAUUUUUAUUCCAGCACUGCGGUGUUUUUGAUUAUGAUCAAUGAAUAUUUACAGGAAAUAAUAAAUUCACUGAUUUCACGAAGCCCAAACAGAACAAACAACGUUUACUUGAUGCAUUCCGUGGAUCAAAUAAUAAAAAAGACGGUGUUGAAAUAAAAUGUCCAAGCGGUGGCGCUACAUUUGAGUGACGUCAUCCUACUACUGCAACCUGACUGGAACAGACGAAGAGGAAGAGAAAAUCCAUUGCGUUGAUUGUGGACGUUGAUUCAAGGAACAGAAGCGCCUGUUCCAACCCUGUUUACAUUGAUCUCUCCAGUGAAAAACAACACAUAACUGCCCAAAUAUCUGCGGCCAUGGAGUCGCAUGGCAAAGAGGAACUCAAGGGACCGGUGUUGCAUAUCGUGGUGGUCGGAUUUCACCACAAGAAAGGCUGUCAGGUGGAAUACUCCUACCCUCCACUCAUCCCAGAGGAGGGCCAUGACAGCAACAACCUGCCUGAGGAGUGGAAAUACCUGCCUUUCCUGGCCCUGCCUGACGGGGCACACAACUACCAAGAAGACACUGUGUACUUUCACCUCCCUCCUUUCAGUGGAGCAGAUAUGAAAUGCGUGUACGGAGUCUCCUGCUAUCGCCAAAUAGAAGCUAAGUCCCUGAAGGUCCGACUGGCUGACGUCACCAGGGAGACGGUCCAGAAGAGCGUGUGUGUCCUCAGUCAAGUGCCUCUGUACGGUCUUCUCCAAGCUAAACUACAGCUCAUCACACACGCCUACUUUGAGGAGAAAGACUUCUCACAGAUAUCCAUAUUGAAAGAAUUGUAUGAACACAUGAACGGUUCUCUGAGAGGAACGGCUCUGAAGGGAUCACACAUGUUUCUGGGUAUGUCACCAAGAGAUUUAAUACUGCACUUUCGACACAAGGUUCUUAUCCUCUUCAAACUGAUUCUGCUGGAGAAGAAGGUCCUGUUCUACGUAUCUCCAGUCAACAGACUCGUAGAAACUCUGAUGACAGUACUGUCACUGUUCCCAGGUAUGAUAGAGCACGGCCUGGCCGACUCGUCCCACUACCAGUCCAAGAGCAGUGUCUCAGAGGACAUCAGCCUGCUGGAGUGUGUGUCGGGGGCCGAGGAGUUUGUCUCUGUCUCUGUCACUGACAUCACCAACGCUACCAUGGAGCUGGUAGGGGAGGAGGGUUUCGGUGAGGACCAGACUACCACCACAUCCACGGAGGCCUCAAUGCGGACAGCCUCACUCCCAGACACCUCCACCCCAGCUGGGGAUAGCACAAACCUCAAGCCCCCCUCCCGUACCUCCCCAGACUCAUCAGAGAGCGACUGGGAGACACUGGACCCUAGCGUGCUGGAGGACGUUCCAAAAGACUCAGAGACAGGGGGUUUAGGUUUGGGGGGUUUAGGGGUGGAGCACCCAGAGACGUUUGACCCAGAGCCAGGUAUCCCCAUCACAGUUCAGCCCCAGGGACAGUCAGCAGGGCCAGGGGGGCAGGUGACUGUCACUCAGGGCCUAGUCUCUGGGCUGGAGGAGGACCAGUACGGACUGCCACUAGCCAUCUUCACCAAGGGUUACCUGUGCCUGCCCUACAUGGCCUUGCAGCAGCACCACCUGCUGUCAGACGUGACGGUGCGCGGCUUUGUCGCUGGGGCAACCAACAUUCUCUUCCGUCAGCAGAGGCACCUGAGUGACGCUAUCGUUGACGUGGAGGAGGCUAAGAUCCAGAUUGGGGACCCAGAGUUGAGGAAGCUGCUAGGCCUGACCACGGCUGACCUGCGUUUCGCUGACUACCUGGUCAAACACGUCACGGAGAACCGCGAGGACGUGUUUCUGGACGGGACAGGCUGGGAGGGAGGGGACGAGUGGAUCAGGGCCCAGUUUGGACUUUACGUCCAUUCUCUCCUGUCCUCUACCUUACAAGAAGACAAUGAGAAGUUGUUAGCAGACUGGGGCGCUCCCUUCAUCUCAGCCUGGAGGAUCACACACAACUACAGAGUAUGGUUCAGCAACAAACACCCAGGCAUGGCCAAGAUCACCCCAGGCCAUCCAUUCCAAGGACAGUACAGUGCUGCUGAUCUGAAAUUAAGAUUCUCACACUCGGUGCAGAACAGCGAACGGGGGAAGAAGAUCGGGGCAGCUGUGAUCACCACCAGUCGGAGUGUCGUGCAGACCGGGAAGGCAGUAGGUCAGUCGGUGGGUGGAGUGUUGACCAGUGCUAAGUCAGCCAUGUCGUCGUGGUUCUCUACGUUGGCCCAGCCCGCUAUCUUAGCCACUCCAGCAGCCUCCCCUGAGCCUCAGUCACCUACUGAGGCCAAGCCUUGACCACCUGCCUGCCUCCUAACCUAACCUUAGCCUCUGUCACAGGCUUUCACCAACAUGAGUUAAGCCUAGGAGCUGAGGAUACCCUAACCUAACCCCCUCCAACGGUCCUUCCCUGACUCUCAAUUAAUCUUUCCUUGAUUCCCUGCAUCCUUUCUCCUGAGCUCCUUCUCAAAACCUAUUGGAGAAGGUCAGAGGGGAGGGAUCUUGGACAGUGUCCUCCAAUACGGUUGAGAAGGAUGCGAUGUGACACACUCCUCCUCCUAUUCCUACUCUCCCCCCUUUCAUUCAGAACCAGCUAGUUACAGAAGAAACUGGGGUCAGGUGGGCAGGAUAGGUUGAUUUGUGUGUUUGGGGAAAGGUUUUAUUUUAUGAAGGAUUUGUUUCAGGCCUUCAGGCCUCUGAUGGGAUACCACAACACAGCAGAGGGAUCCAGGUCUUUGUCGUAAAUGAUACCCUAUUCCCUAUGUAGUGCACUACUUUUGACCAGGGCCCAUAGGGUACUGGUGAUAAGUAGUGCACUAGGAAUAGAUGCCAUUUAGGACAACCCUGGUCUGCAGUACCCUCUCCCCUCCAUCCCCAGGUUACAACUGCUCCAGCAUAGAGGACAGAUGAGAGGAAAAGCCACUUAUGCUAAACAGACAGAAAUAUCCAUGCUCAGAGCCUCAGACAUUUCAGAUUUCAGUAUGUUUUAUCCCAUGCGAGUGUUUUGCUCUUUCUGUAUUCCAACAAGGUGUAUACUGUAUAUACUGACAGUGUGAAACCAAUGCAUCGCUGGCUGGAUGCUGUGUUACUGUAAAUGAGCAAGACGCUGGGUCAGCGCAAGUUAUUCUCAGUUUGCUGGACAGGACAGACAAGCUAUGGUCAUGUCCCAAAUGGCACCCUAUACCAUAGUGCACUACUUUUGACCAGAUCCCCAUGGGCCCUGGUCAAAUGUAGUGCACUAUAAAGAGAAGAGGGUGCUAUUUGGAACACAUUCUGCUUUUGAUCUAUUUUCCUCAUUAUGUAAUAGUGAACUUUAUAAAGAUGAAGGUUGGAAAAUGGGAUAAAAUGAAUAUUAGUUGUAUAUAGUUUGGACUCGUACAUAAAUAAUAAUUGUGAUUUCCCUCUGUCAUGACACCACUGGAACCAAUCUCUACCGAUCUAUGGCUCACUACAGCUAUUGUGCAUCUGAAAUAGCACCCUAUUCCCUAUAUACAGUGG